AGAGAAUUUUUUUUUUUCUCUGUGUCCCAUCGUUAAAACUUCAUGGAAAUUUUGAGGCAUAAAAUCCUGAACUUCCCAUUCUCAUGAUUCACAAACAAACACAGACCAAACCCAAAAUUUCUUAUGUAAUAAUCUGACAAUGUCAAGGUAAACCUAAUCCCUUGGUAUACUAUACAAACACCAGCAUGUUGUGAUGACAAGAGAAAUCAUAUAAGCUUAUGUUCUCAACCCCCCAAAAAAAAUUAGAAGCGUCAUUUAUUUCGACAUGGAGUUGACACAAGCAAACAUCAUUCCAUCCUUGAUCGUUUUACUAAACAGAAUUCUUUGUUGGGACAUUGAGAAAUUCUUUUCAAGAGUCCAUUUCUUUCUCCAAACUCUUCCAGAGUUAUUAUCCACCAAAUGGAACUUUUGGAGGAAAUCCACAGCAUUUAACAGUGAACAAUCAAACAAAAAAUCAAGAAUUCCCGAGACCUCAAACAGUGAAAACUUUCACAUUACAGAGCUUAAUAUGGUGAUGAAUAGGCUGAAUAUAGUGUGUGCAGAAGAUGGAGACACGAAUAUUGGUUUAGAUAAGUUUUCGGCACUAUUUGAUGAAGAACCAAGUUUGCAAGAAGUAAUGGAAACUUUCGAUGUUUUCGAUGUAAAUAAAGAUGGUUUCAUAGAUGCUAAUGAGCUGCAGAGAGUUAAGUGCAGCCUUGACCUAAAGGAAGGGUGUGAAUUGGAAGAAUGCAGAAGGAUGAUUAGAGCUUUUGAUGAAAAUGGCGAUGGACUUAUCGAUUUUAACGAGUUUGUGAAAUUCAUGGAGAAAAGCUUUUGUUAAAGGCUAAUUCACCAUCCCCCUUCGCCAUCUGGCAUUGCAAAUGAAAUUGACUAGCAUAUAUCAGUAUUUACC